UCUUCAUUUUCGGAACUCACAAAACGAUGUCGGGUCGAUUGGUGAAGAAGAUUCUGAACAAACAACAACACUUUCCUCAUCAACUCAUCAAAGAAGAAGAAGAAGAAGAUGAUGAAAAUGAUGAGGAAGAAGAAGGUUCAACUGCACCUUCCUCAAUCAACCCCUUCGAUCUCCUCAACGACCACGAUUCUGAACCCGAACACCAGGGAGAUGAGUCCGCGGAUGAAACAUCGGUGAGAAAUUAUGAUAACGAGGGGACAUCCUCAUUGAAAAAUUCUGCUCAGGUUUCAACAUCCAAUCCGAAAUCAAAGAAAAAGAAGAACAAGAAGAAGAAAAGCAAGGACAAUGCUGUUGCCAGUAAAAGGGGAGGAGAAAAGGAAUUGGACUUGAUUCUAGAAGAUUUGAAUCUGAAUGUGAACUCUUCAAGUGAGCAACAUGUUUCUACUACAGAAGGAAAAACAGUGAAUGUUAAGGACAAAAGUAAAUCUGUUAAGCAGCAUGAUGUCUCCAUAUUACAAGUGGAUCCGAAACAUUUGAGUGCUGAAAAUGAGCUGAUAAGAAUAUUUGGAUCGAAGGUUGUGAAAUCAUUUGAGAGUAGCAAUCAAGCAAGCAGUUCUACUAGGCAGAUGCGGGGGGUUAGGCGAGUACGCCAUAAUCUUAAGAAGGUUGUUCUUGUCACUCCAGCAAACACUUGGCUCCCAUGUGAUGAUUCUUUGUCCAUGGAGUUUCUUGAAAUAAAGAACGGAUAUAACUACUUUAGAUAUGUUCACUCGCCAUCCUACUCUCAAUCUCAGAGAGCGUUUGAAGGUGCCAAAGCAAUUAAUGACAUAAAUGGUAUAGCGAGCAUAUUACAGCAUCGUCCUUAUCACGUAGAUUCCCUCCUAACAAUGGCAGAAUAUUUCAAAGUAGUCGGUGAACAACAGAUGUCUGCAGAUACUAUUGCCAGGUGUCUGUAUGCCCUCGAAUGUGCAUGGCAUCCCAUGUUCACACCACUGCAGGGUAAUUGCCAAUUGAAGUACAAACACGAUACAAACAAACCUAUAUUCACAGCUCUUUUCACUCACAUGAAAAAUUUAGACAGGCGCGGCUGUCAUAGAUCUGCUUUAGAGGUCUGCAAAUUGUUGCUUUCGCUAGAUUCUGAUGAUCCCAUGGGUGCUAUUUUCUGCAUCGACUACUUUGCUUUACGGUCUGAGGAGUAUGCAUGGCUGGAAAAGUUUUCUGAAUCUUAUAAAAGUGAUAACUCCAUUUGGUUGUUUCCAAAUAUCUCUUUUUCCCUUGCCAUUUGUCGGUUUUACCUUGAGCGUGAGGCCUGCAAAGAUGCUUGUAUUGAUUCUAAAAAGGCUUCUUCAUCUGAUCUUAUGACACAAGCAUUAAUGCUUCAUCCUUCCGUUAUAAAGAAGCUAGUGGCAAAAGUACCAUUGAAAGAUCGCUCAUGGACAGAAAUUCUCAAGCAUGCCUUUUUCCGAUCGGAUCAAACAGGAAUUCUAUCUCAAGAUCACUUGAUUAAUAUAUAUAUUGAGAGAAAUUAUCUUAUGUGGAGGCUUCCUGAUCUGCAAAAACUUCUAAGUGGUGCUGCAAAACUAGUCAUUGAAACCCUAGAUAGUAAUAAAAGUGAAGUUAAUGAUUGGGCUUGUGUCAGAAAAGAAGCAUUUUCAUCUGAGAAAAAUGAGUAUGGACAUUUGUUGGUGUCUGAUUUCUCUGAUUCAGUAACAGCAAUUCCACACGAAAAUCUGCAACAAUUUAUGGGCAUUCCCGGGAUGGGGGAGGCUAUACACGACGAAAACCAAUUUGCUAAUCCACAAGGCAAUGGCCACGCACCUCGUGGUGUUGCAAAUAGGAAUGCAUUAGCAGUCUUGUUUGAGUCGUUGCUACCGUGGGUAACUUACGAGGAUAGGGAGGAUGGUGGACCUGGUGACCACGAGCAAGACAAUCAGUGAUUCUGGAUACAACUCAGCCUUCCUGCUCUAAAAUCCUUUUUUUGGGAGUGUGUUGAACUCCAUGAUGAGAUGUUUUUCUUGUACAGAGCGACGUUUAGGGAGCUUGAUAGUUGUCAGCCAUCUAGAUGCAAUAUAAAUGGCCAUAUAGUUCUGUAGUGUUUAAUUUGGGGGAUAUUGAUGUUAAAUGUUACACCUUUUUCCAUUAUGAAUUUCUCUACUUUGAUAUACUUGUGAAUUUUUUCAGUACUAUUGUUUAAUCAUGUACUGUCACAUUAAGAGUUUUAUUAUGGUAGUAAUAACUGCCUGAGAGGUCAAAUACUCUUCUUUAUGA